GAAAGUCACACAGAGUCGGAAGCUCAGUUCACAAAGUGCUGAACAAGGAGCACACACCGGGUUGGACAUGGAAAAGUCGCUGAGUGUGUCGUCUGAGAGCUCCCUGCCUCCGCUGGACGAUGAUGUGGACUCGGUCUGCUCCGACGAGCUGCUGGGCUCUCAGUCCCGCCGCUGGCUGGCGGACCUCCUGACCGGGAACAUGUCUCCGGAGAGCGGGGACGUGAACACGGUCGGCCGGGACGGACUGUUCGUGGACUACAACUUCCCCCUGGGAGAGCUGGAGAUGAGCAGCAGGGUGAAAUGGAAAAGACCAAAGGAGCUCUGUCCGUCACCUCAGUUCAUUGUAAAUGGAGCAACGCGCCUGGACGUCCGCCAGGGAAAACUCAAUGACUGCUGGUUACUUUCUGCCAUCGCGUCUCUCUCCAUGCAUCGCUCCCUGCUCAAGAAGGUCAUGCCUCUGGAACAGAGCUUCCAGGACGGUUACAACGGCUGCUUCGUCUUCAGGUUCUGGCAGUACGGUCAGUGGGAGGAGGUGAGGAUAGACGACUUGUUGCCGACUCAGGACAACAAUCUGAUCUACCUCAGCUCCCCAGAAAGACACGAGUUCUGGAGCUCCCUGCUGGAGAAGGCCUACGCCAAGCUGAAAGGUGGCUACAGAGCUCUGGACAUGGGCUUCCCUCAUGAGGCCAUGGUUGAUAUGACGGGUGGGGUGGCCGAGGUUUUUAGCAUCGCCUCACUGCCCAGAGAGCUGCCGGCCUUCCUCAGACACCUGCUGGCUAAAGGAGCGCUCAUCAACUGUGCCAACUGCCAGGGUCCUUUGGAACAAAGGAAUGGACUUGGGAUCAUGUUCAGACAUGCAUACUCUCUGACUGCUGUAGAGGAGGUGAAGACGGCUCAUGGCGCUGUGGAUUUAGUGCGAAUCCUCAACCCCUGGGGCAACACUGAGUGGGAGGGGCCCUGGAGUGACUUGAAAGGUCCAGAGUGGAACACUGUGAGCGACGAGGAGCAGAAAAGACUGGAAAGAGUCAGACGGGAGGACGGGGAGUUCUGGAUGUCUGUGUCAGAUUUCCGACAGAACUUUGAGUUGAUGGAGGUUUGUCACCUGACUGAGACCCUCAAUGAACCAGGCUCCAGCGUGCUGCCGUGGUCCUCCAUAAUGCAUCAUGGUAACUGGGUGCCGUGCAUCUCAGCUGGAGGCCCAGCACACGGGGGCUUUUUCUGGCAGAAUCCUCAGUUCCACUUCGUCCUGUCGAAGGUGGACAGCGACACUGCCAACACUUCUGAGAAGACCUGCUCCUUCAUUUUGGCUCUGAUGCAGAAACACCAGAGACGCAGAGGCAUUAACCUGGCCAUAGCCCUGCAUAUAUACAAGGCCCAUCCGAAGAACACGUACCUGUCGCCUGAGGACUUGAGUGCGCUCCGCCCGGUCCUCUGCAGCUCCCAGUACUCCUCACGUCGGGAGGUUGUUCUUCGCGGCGUCCUUCCACAAGGUCGUUACGUCAUCAUCCCUUCAACCGCCGAGCCCAAUCAGCAGGGACCGUUCCUCCUCCGGGUGCUGACAGAGCAAGGCAAUGCAGCCACUCCAGCUCACAAACCAGGGCCACAAGAUAUCCCUUCAGUAACAGAGCUUUCAUUUCCUCACCAGGCCGCUCUUCCCUCCCCUAAAUCAACCAAACUUCUGUUCAUGAAGCACUGCAACAAGAACGGCUUUUGCAAACCAGUGCACCUCCACAGCCUGCUGACUGAGGCCGUACAGGGAGGAGUGUUGGCCGGCAGUGAGAAGUACUUGGCUCUGGAGCACUGCAAGAGCAUGGUGGUCCUCAUGGAUAGCCAAGGCAUCGCUCAGCUCAACUGGCCCGAGUUCCAGAGUCUGUGGGACAAGAUCCGGAGGUGGACGGAUAUCUUCCUGGUGUAUGAUAAGAACAAGACUCAGCGCCUUGAGUAUCAAGAGGUCAGCCCCGCUCUGAAGGCAGCAGGAAUCAUGGUGGAUGAUUUAAUAAUGCAGCUGGUUGGACUGAGAUACACGGAGCCCGAUAUGACCAUCAGUUACCCCGGCUUCCUGUACCUGCUGAUGAAACUGGAGAGCAUGAUCCAUAAAUUUCAAGCGUAUGACAUGGUGGGAAUGGGAACCGUGACUGUCAGCUACAGACAGUGGCUCCACAUGACCAUGUACAACUGACCUGUCCUGGUCCACUGAGACGGAUUCACCAGGAUCUGUUUCUGUUUUCUGUUUAAUGUACUCUGUGUUUAUUUUUGUGUGAAUGGACGUAUAGUUCAAGGAUAGAAACAAGUAGCAAACCAAAAAAAAAGCCUCCUUUUGCCAUUUAUGUGUAUCUUGUAUGUUGUCAUAGUGUAGUCAAACAGUAACAGUGAACUUCCUUCAGUCAUGGAAACAUUCGGGGUCAAAGGUUGAAAUAAGGUGGGCUGCUAUGAGGAAAGGUUUAUGAUUUACUGUAUUAGUGACACUUCAUUUGUCAGCCUAAAUUAGGAAUUUUAGACCCUGCCACCUCUAGUCUAUACAUAAAAUCCUAACAGUGGUCUAAAAUAACUUCCCUUAGUAAUAGUCAACACUAAAAUAGACUACAAAAGCAUCAUUUAGAUGUCGACAAUAAUCAUUUCAUUAUCGUCCGUUAUGCAUUUAAUUAUUUGCACGCGGUUGUAAAAAAUUUUAUAUAAAGUGAUAAUAACAAAAUGUUGGGCUUUGUUUCAGCAUAAUGUGAAUAAAGAAUAUAAAAAGAG